GGACCUUUUAGUCAGCUGCACAAGGAUGUAAGCAUGGAGUCGAGCGGCUGACACUGGGAUUCCUGGACAAACGGUAUUUUCAUCAACAUUUUGAUGUCGAAAGAGGAGAACAACAAAACAAUGGAGCCACAGACGAAACGCUGGAAGGGCUCCGAGUGUGACUUGGACUCCUGGGUUGCUUAUCCUGUACUGUCAGAUGAGGAGUCACAAGACGUCGAGCUGACGGAGGCGUUUGCUGCACCCAUUGUCAACAAGAAAGAGACCUCUCGACUUCUCCGCGAACUGAGCAGCCUCUACCCGAUGAACGGCCUUCAGCACAUCAAGAGGGUGCGGGCGGUGAAGGAGAAGCCUCAUCCUCUGGAAGUCCUUGUGUGCCUCGUCUGCGAUGCGCCAGACAUGAAGGUGGUAACCAUUGAGUCUCUACUACCCUCAGAGGGAGUGAGACGUGACGCGUUAGGUGAGCCUUUUUUGGUUAAGGUCCCUGCACGCCCCCCCUUGACCCGACCCCAGUUUGAGCUGGUGAGCAAACACUGGCCCACCUCCUUUCAUGAGGACAAACAGGUGACCGUCGCCCUGAGAGGAGAGCUCUUCAGUCCGUCUCAGAAAGCCAGGAUGCACAUGUACAUGACGUCUGCUUUGACUGUUGCCAAAGCAGCGAUUGAGUUGGGAAUGGAGCCGGUGGGGGCUGUGGUGGUCGACCCAGCAACAGAGAGAAUCCUUGCAGUGGGCCAUGACUGCAGAGGCGACCAUCCCCUUCAUCAUGCAGUCAUGGUCUGCAUUGACCUUGUGGCACGGAGCCAGGGCGGGGGAUGUUAUCCUGUUGACAGAUACCCCGCUUGCCGAUUUACUUCACCAAGCUCAGACACCUUUCAAAACGGUCCUGGUGCAGAGGCGAGCUCUCAGCCGUACAUAUGCACCGGGUACAACCUCUAUGUGACCCGAGAACCUUGUGUCAUGUGUGCCAUGGCGCUGGUACACUCCCGGAUCGGGCGUGUCUUCUAUGGAACUGCCUCUGCUGACGGGGCCCUAGGGACCAAAUAUAGAAUCCACUCCCAGAAAGAUUUGAACCAUCAUUUUGAGGUUUACAAAGGAGUGUUGGCCAAGCAGUGUGAGGAUCUUAAGGGUCUGGGCAACCAAAGAGGAAGUUUACAGGAAAGUAGAUAAUUAAUGAAUAAGUUUCAUUCGUGGGCCGAGAGCUGUCACAGGUGUAACCACAGGAAUAAACCAUUGUUUUACAUAAGCAUUUAUUUUAAAUAAAGUUUUUAAUCUUUUGGUCAUUGUUGUAUUGAGAGCAUGUGUAGAUGAAAACCAAUAAGAAGAUUCCCACCAUGGUGCUGCCUUUCUGAUUUAGUGGAGAGCCGUAGUUUUGUUUGGUCUUCGUGUAUAGGGCUGGUUGAGUCUUCGUGUAUAGGGCUGGUUGAGUCUUCGUGUAUAGGGCUGGUUGAGGAAGCAUUUCUUUCAGUUAAAAUAAACAAAACGGCCUUUUUUCUGUCCCUUGUAUUGAGAAGGCUGGAAAUGCA